GCUCUCUUGAAAAGGUCAGGUGUCACCAGACAGAAGGGACCUUUGUCAAGAAGUACACCGCCCAGAGCAAUGCUUAGGAACAAGUCCAGGCUCAACCUCUACACUUCCUACUUGACCCAAAACUCUCCUCCACCACCACAGCUGAUGAUGGCUACCAGACAGAGCACUCUGGGUGAUUACUUUGGCUCUAAGGGAG